GACAGUUGAAGACUUCCUCUCAAAGCUGUUUAAAUGAGAAUGUCCCUGGCACAAAGAGUACUACUGACAUGGCUUUUUACGUUACUCUUCCUGAUCAUGCUGGUGCUAAAGUUGGAUGAGAAAGCACCGUGGAACUGGUUCCUCAUUUUUAUUCCAGUCUGGAUAUUCGAUACUAUCCUUCUAGUUAUGUUAAUUGUAAAAAUGGCUGGACGCUGCAAGUCAGGCUUUGACCCUCGCAACGGCUCCCAGAACAUGAAGAAGAAGGCCUGGUACCUCGUGGCCAUGCUGCUCAAGUUGGCCUUCUGCCUCGCCCUCUGCGCCAAGCUGCAGCGCUUCACAGCCAUGAAACUGGCCUAUGUGUUCAUCCCACUGUGGGCCUUGCUGAUUGGGGGUAUGGUUGAACUUGGAUAUAACAUCUUCUACAUACGGAGAGACUAA